CUGCGCAUCGUGGCGGGCGUCAUCUUUGCGCUCUUCGUGUGGGACCACAUCCUCUUGAUCCCCGCUGAGUUCCGCCUGUACCGCCACCUCGACCGCAAGUCGCUGCGGUCGCCUCCGUUCUGGUGCUUCGUCGUGCUGCGCUACUCGCCGUACCUGGCGAGCAUCAGCAGCGUCAUCUUUGCCUCGUUCAACAUCAGCAACUGCCAGGCGGCGGCGAGCGUCUCCUUCACCGGUGUGCUGCUGAUGCAAGUCGCCUCGGGCGGCAUCUUCCUGGCGCGCUACUCACCCUUCUCGCAGAGCAACACACUGCUCUGCAACCUGCUCAUUUUCCUCUACGUCCUCAACAUUGGCGCCUGGAUCGCCGUGCUGCCCGGCUACGGCUUUACCACGGGCCCGCCGACGCGCUACGGCUCCAACUGCCUCAACCCGCGGACAUACAGCUGGUCGGCGCUGAGCUACGGCACGGCCACGGCGUUUGACACGCUCGUGCUCAUCUGCACGAUUGCCACACACCGCCGCAGCGGCUCGGCGGCACGCCGCUCGAGCAUCAUGACGUGCAUCUUCCGCGACGGCAUCCUCUACUUCCUCUUCGUCACCGUCGCCAACAUCAUCGCGCUCGGCAUGAAUCUGACGCCCGCAAGCCUCUCGUACUACCGCUCGUUUGCGACGCCGUUCUCCUCCUUUGCCGUCGUCGUAGGUGGCGAGCGCGUCUUCCUGAACCUCCGCCUCAUGGGCAUCGACCACCGCAAGCGCGCGCAGGCAUCGGCGGGCGACAGCAGGACUGAGCACGGCGAGGCGCCGAGCAAGCGCGCGAGCGCAGCCUUUGCGCACCGCGCCCCGGCCACCUCGCUGCACGUCAUUGAGGAGGCGGCGAGUCUGAACAGCUACCUCAGCCCGCUACAGCGCACCAGCUCGGCGGCGACGAAGGUCGGCACCGCGCCCUUUGCGCACAUCGCCACGCCGAUGAGCGAGAAGCAUGACGCAUCCACGAGCAGCCCCUCGCUGUCCGUCGAGGAGGUGGUCGACGUGUCGCUCGACUCGCCGUCGAGGCCAGAGCCGGCGCUGCACCGCUUCUCUCCGCGCCCGUCGAGCGGCAGCACACUGGGGCCGGAGCCGGAGCCGAGCAGUGCAGUUCCGCGCCGCGACGUCACGUUCGAGGUGACGAGCCCACGACUGGAAGAGGGUCGGCCCGGCGCGUUCAUGUGA